GAGUAAAAGAAAAGAUACAGAAGGAGUGAAGCUGGCUUGAAGCUCUUCAGAAUGGACAUGAGCAGAAACUGCAAAACUCUCAAAAAUAAUGCAAAUUCUAAUUGUGGUGGAUCAGCAAUGUUUGCAUCAUGUGCACAGCUGGAAGCUUAAGGCAGCAAAAGCCUGUUUGCUGUCAGGGAGAGCACAGCCUGGGGAAGCAGUGGCCUGGAUCAGUUCAGACACAGCAAUACACAACAGGAGUGACUUUCUCUAACUGCUCUGGUUUGACCACUUGAAAGGAAAACCUUCCAAAAUACAGGAAAUGCAACUGCUUAGCAUUAACAAGGAUGAGACACUGGUUCUAGAGAUGAAAUAUCAGCUACUGACCAUGUCAACAGAGUUCCAGGAUGCUCACCUUGCAGAGGUGAAGCCUCUGGUGGAGAAGGAGGAGGCUAUCACUCGCCUCCUUCCAGACUUCGAUGUUCAGGAGCAGGACGUGGAGACCGUGCACGGCUCGGUGCGAGUCACCAUGUGCGGCACGCCCCGGGGGAACCGCCCGGCCAUCCUCACCUACCACGACAUCGGCCUGAACCAUAAAACUUGCUUCAAUCCUCUCUUCAACUUUGAGGACAUGCAGGAAAUCACCCAGCACUUUGCAGUCUGCCACGUGGAUGCCCCUGGUCAGCAGGAUGGAGCACCAUCUUUCCAGGCUGGGUAUGUGUAUCCCUCCAUGGAUCAGCUGGCUGAAAUGAUCCCUGGAAUCCUCAAACAGUUUGGGCUGAAGACCAUCAUAGGAAUGGGAACUGGAGCUGGUGCUUACAUUUUAACCAGAUUUGCUUUAAACCAUGCAGAGAUGGUGGAGGGAUUAGUUCUCAUUAAUGUAAACCCUUGUGCUGAAGGUUGGAUGGACUGGGCAGCAACUAAGAUUUCAGGUUGGACAAAUGCUUUGCCAGACAUGGUUAUUUCACAUCUAUUUGGAAAGGAAGAGAUUCACAGCAACCAUGACCUGAUCCAUACUUACCGUCAGCAUAUCAUUAAUGAUAUGAAUCAAACCAACCUUCAUCUCUUUGUCAACUCUUACAACAGCCGGCGAGACCUAGAGAUUGAGCGCCCUGUUCCUGGAGUGAAUGUUGUCACCCUUCAGUGUCCUGUGCUCCUGGUGGUUGGUGACAGCUCCCCAGCAGUGGAUGCUGUGGUUGAAUGCAACUCAAAGCUGGACCCAACAAGGACCACACUUCUGAAGAUGGCUGACUGUGGUGGGCUCCCCCAAGUUUCCCAGCCUGCCAAGCUUGCUGAAGCUUUCAAAUACUUUGUUCAGGGAAUGGGAUACAUGCCCUCCGCCAGCAUGACCCGGCUGAUGCGCUCCCGCACCGCCUCCGGCUCCAGCGUCGCCUCCCUGGAAGGACAGAGGAGCCGCUCCCACACCGGGGAAGGCACCAGGAGCCGCUCCCACACCGGGGAGGGGACGAGGAGCCGCUCCCACACCGGGGACGGCGCCAGGAACCGCUCCCACACCGACACGCGGAUCGAGCUGACGCCCAACUCGGCCAGCAGCGCUGAACAAUCCAGCCCCAAGUCCAUGGAAGUGUCCUGUUAGAUGGCUCGGGGAGGCUUUCAGCCGGGCACAGUGCGGAAAAGUAAUGGAUGCCCCCUGUGUGUCACAAAACCGUAACUGGUAUUAAUCUCUAGCUAUUCUGUAGGAUGAACUCUGUUCACAGGGUCUGAGAGGGACCAAAGAAAAGAAGCAUCUCAUUUGCUCUAUCAUCAUUCUUGUAUCUCAGACAGCUGCUGCUAUUGUGCCCUCCUUCAGUGGAUGCCAAAUUCUAAAGGAUACUUGCCAAAAGCUGAUGUGGUUGUAAACACUUCAGAGUCAAACCAGAAUUGCUCAUACCCUCCUUUAAAAUCAAAGCUGUUACAGGCCCCUUUAUCUCUCAUUCUCUUGAAGUAAACUGGCACAAUUUGAGACGAGUUUCAAAGUGGGGGAGAAAUAAAAAAACUUUUAAGGAUGACUUUAAGAAAAGGAAAUGAAACAAAUGUGCUAUGGCCUCAUGUUGAAGCUGGAGUUGAAUUCAUUGUAUAUAGCUUGACUUCAAAUGAUAGAAAAGUUAACGUAUCGUGCAUUUAUAGGCCUUCUAAUUCAUUAGUAUGCAAGCCUGUUUUCCUAUGUACAAUAAUAUACUACUAAAAUAGGCAAUUUUAAUGUGACUUUGAGAUGAACUAAAUCUUUAAGGUUUUUCAUUUCACUUUUUUGGGAUUUAGUUCCAGUCUUCCUUUCCUUCCCCCCUCCUAGACCCUAAAACCUGCUUAGCCAAAUGAGGGCAGGAUUUAAAUUUGGUAAGCAAGGUAGAAUUUCCUCUUUGGGAACUUGGGCCAAAGGGUUUACCAAACUGCAGAAGUUGGUGUAGUUGUAACAUGUAGGGUAGCUGUACAUGCCAGCUAAGCAGAAACAGCUUGAUAUUUCCUUCAGAAAACUUUUCUUUGCAGCUCAAGUUUUUGGGGUUUUGUGUCCAGCACAAUUGUGAUAAAUUUGGAAUUCUGUAAGCAAAGCAGAUCCAGCUGUUCUCUGUCAGGAGAGAUGAAUAACUGUGGGAUGGGCAUGUAAUUAGAUACUGUAUAUUCAACUGCCACUAAUUACUAGAUUUGAAACUGAUGAGAUCUCCCUGGUGCUGAAAAGUGUAUUCCACGAAGUGGUGGAGCAGCAACACUGUAUCUCUGGAAUACAGUGUCUAAUGACUUUGUAAAUGUCACGAUCUGCUGGUUCUGCGUCUUUUACAUAGCCUUGGGUUGCUUUCUUUGAACCUAGUGGCUUGAUACCUUUCUGCCACUCAGAAUGUCAAAGUUUGUCCUUCCAUAGCUAGUGGAACAGGAUUUCCAGAGCUCCAGUGCAUACCUGCUGAAUUGCAGUCCUCACACAGACAAAAAGCUCAAAGGGCGAGUGGUUAAAUAGCAAAUGUUAAUACUUUGGGAUUGCUUGUUCAAGAGAACACCAUCUAGGUUACUUUAUAUUGACUAACUUCAGCUCUUGUGUAGAAUAUCCAUAACAUUUUGUGGGAAGAACAGACAAUUUCCAGAAAGAAAAAAGCUAUUGUGUAAAGUCUAUCAAGAAAAGUUUCUUAAUGAAGUAUUUGUAUUUAUUUCAAAACAAAUAAAUUUGUAACUUUGCAA